UCGUCACGUACAAAAUGCCAGUGUGACCGUCUCUCCAGCUUCGCCAUUUUGGCUCAGCUCUCUUCAGAUUCGAACAUGGACAAAACGAUCCUGCCUUCGGUCACUCUAAUCGUUGGCUGUGGAGUUUCCUCAUUGACUCUCCUGCUGUUAAUCAUUAUUUAUGUAUCUGUCUGGAGGUACAUUCGGUCAGAACGGUCGGUAAUUUUAAUAAACUUCUGCCUGUCAAUCAUUUCAUCAAAUGCUCUCAUCCUGAUAGGACAAACUCAGACAAGAAAUAAGGUGAUCUGUACCCUUGUGGCAGCGUUCCUGCACUUCUUCUUCCUGUCAUCCUUUUGCUGGGUGCUGACAGAGGCCUGGCAGUCAUACAUGGCUGUCACAGGAAGAUUACGAAAUCGAAUCAUUCGGAAACGUUUUCUCUGUCUUGGAUGGGGACUUCCAGCCCUGGUUGUCGCAACAUCUGUUGGAUUCACCAAAUCGAAGGGAUAUGGAACAGUAAACUAUUGCUGGCUUUCCUUGGAAGGAGGUCUGCUGUACGCUUUUGUGGGACCUGCCGCCGUUGUUGUUUUGGUGAACAUGGUUAUUGGCAUUCUGGUAUUUAACAAACUUGUAUCCAAAGAUGGAAUAACAGAUAAGAAACUGAAGGAACGGGCAGGUCAGAUGACAGUUCCCCUUUACGGUAUGACGCUCAAAUGUUCCAAGUGUGGAGUUAUAUCUUCAGCUGAAGUAUCGGCUACAGUCACCAGUAACGCCAUGGCGUCUCUUUGGAGCUCUUGUGUUGUCCUACCACUUUUAGCAUUGACUUGGAUGUCUGCAGUGUUAGCCAUCACAGAUCGAAGAUCAGCCCUCUUUCAGAUCCUCUUUGCUGUCUUUGACUCUUUGGAAGGCUUUGUCAUUGUAAUGGUCCACUGCAUUUUGAGAAGAGAGGUGCAGGAUGCAGUGAAGUGUAGAGUCGUAGAUCGACAAGAGGAAGGGAAUGGAGACUCUGGGGGAUCAUUUCAAAAUGGACAUGCACAAUUAAUGACUGACUUUGAAAAGGAUGUAGAUAUGGCAUGUAGAUCAGUUUUAAAUAAAGAUAUCAACGCCGUCAGAACAGGAACACUCACAGGAACUCUAAAGCGCUCUAUGGUCCACGAUGAAGACAUGAAAAUGAAAUUCACCCAUCAAAAGUUGUCUGGUUUCUCAAGUCUUCCAGCAAAUGUGUCAAAGAUGCAUCUCCAGGGAUCACUGAACUAUCCAGGAUCGUUAAAUAUGAAUGAGUUUGGCGACCACACCUUAAAAAUAAAUAAGAGUGAACAGCCGAAAUCAAUAUAUAUAUGUGACGGUGACAUUUUCAAGCAGUUAGACUCGGAACUAGCACGAGCACAGGAACAAGUGAUUGAUGCUAACUAUGUUAUCUUGCCCACCAACACCUCAACCCUGAGGCCCAAACCAAAAGACGAUAGCAAAUAUAAUAUUAACAUUAGUCAAUUGCCCCAGACUAGACUUAUUCAUCUCAAUGCAGACAGUGGGUUUUGUGCAAAAAACUCACCGAUGGAUCACGUUAAUAUUGCUUGCAAUGAAAGGGCUUCUCCUGGCCACCAGACACCGAGUUCUGCAAAUGAAACACAGCUCCCCAAUAACCUGUGUGACACAGGUGAUUCAGGGAACUCAGGGAUGGUGUCCAAAAGUGAGACAGUAUCUACACUAUCCACAAGCUCGUUGGAGAGCCCUAAGUCCCAGAAUAAUCCUAGUCGCGCCUCCCUGAACUCUCUCCAAUGUGUCAGUGUACCGUUGAAGAGAAGAAAAUCUAGGUAUGCUGAGUUAGAUUUUGAGAAAAUAAUGCACACAAGAAAACGGCAUCAAGACAUGUUUCAGGACCUAAACAGGAAGCUUCAGCAUGCUGAGAAAGAUAGAGAAUCUCCCACAAUAGACAGCAAAGCAGUGAAACGAUGGAGUGUUUCAUCAGCAGGAAGUGAUAAAACCAAUCUCAGUCAAGAGAAGCAGACUCCAAUCAAGCGGCCUUGGGAAGGAAUCCGAAAGAUGCAGUCUCCCCCCACAUGGAUAAAAAAGGAAUUGGAUCCCACCCAUCAGUCUCCCUUAGAAAUGAGAACGGUGGAAUGGGAGAAAACGGGAGCAACGAUACCACUUGGUGGACAGGACAUCAUUGAUCUUCAGACUGAAGUCUGACCUGAGGAGUGACUUUUUUUUUAAUUUUAAAACAGAUUGGUUUCUUUUGAAACCUUAUUACAGUACAGAUAUCUUGUUCUCAGAGAGAUAUUGUUUUAAACCUUGUGAUGCAGUCAGCGUCGUGUCGUCUCACUGCGGUGAGAAAACACGUUAGCGAACACAGUAACCGUAGUCCAGAAACUCUUAUCAAAGACAGUAAUGGGCAAAUAUAUAUAUAUAUAAAUAUAUAUAUAAAUAUAUAAAAAAAACAAGUAACUUCAGUUUAGUGUUGAUUGCUUGAUAUGCAAGCAUUUUUUGCAUCAAAAUUUAAUGGCAUUUUCUUGUCAUAUUGUGUAUUAUAUUAAAAAAAUGAAAUUUCAAACAGUAAAUACAAUGAACAUACUUAAAAAACUGUGAUGUACCUGUCAAAUUUUAGAUAUAUAAAUUGAAAGCACAAGGCCUUGGCUGCCCUGCUGUAUAAUAUGUAAUUAUUACACCUAUUGACUUUUAGCUUAAAUAUCUUUCUAUACUGUGUUUAAUUUCCUGUUAAGUUAACAGACUUUAACAGUGUUAUGUACAAUGACAGAGUUAAGCUAAUGUUAUACCAUGUGUUUAAUAAUCGUUGACCCUCGGAGAUUCUACUUUUAUGGUUGGUUAAACUGGUUCUGGUUUCCUAUAUCUGUGUUUGUCAGUUUUAUGUACAGUUUUCAGAGCACAAAAUGAAUGUCUCCUUUCUAAUA